AUGUCAUCGUAUCCGAACGCGUCCAAUGCAGUCAAUGAGUCGACUUCCGAUCUAGUCGAGUUCACAUCUCAUCCUUCACAGCCACCACGAUUGUCUCCACAAAUGCCUUACUUGCCUCCCAGGCGAUUUCCCAUCCCUCGACAACCACCUCGUUUGUCUCCACAACUUCCUCAGUCCUCUUCACAGCCAUCUCGUUUCGAACGACGGCGGUCUAUUUUGAUUGCACGACCUCGUACGAUUCCACUGGGGCCUCGUCCGAUUCCACAGCUUCGUCGUACCCAUUUAAUUCAGCCUCGUUCAAUUCCAAUAGUGCCUCGUCCGAUUUCACAGCAACAUCGUUCUUCAAGACAACCUAAUUUAUUUCAACAGCCAUCUCGUUUCGAACGACGGUCUUAUUGUUUGUAUCUACGGCCACCUCGUUCGAUUCCACUGGGACCUCGUCCUAUUCUACAGCGACAUCUUCCAAUGCCACAGCAACAUCACCCGAUUCCACAGCAGCAGCAUCCGUUUCCACAUCGGCAUCAUCCAUUUCCACAGCGGCAUCAUCCGAUUACAUUGAGACCUCAUCCGAUUCCACCGAGGCUUCAUCCAAUUCCACAGCGGCAUCGUUUUCCUUUACUUUAUCCUCGUCAAAUUCCACAGGGGCCAAUUCGUCCAAUUCUACAUAGGCAUCAUUCAAUGCUACUGACGCCUUAUCCGAUUCCACAGUUUCCACAACCUCCUCACUCACAACCGCAUAUACUUUAUUUGGUGUUAAAACCUCCUUGUAUGACAUCUUAUUCAUCUCCAGAGGGGAAUUACCCACCCUCACAAGUGUUGUAUUCCCCUCCAUCCCUACCGCAUCCAAUUUCGCCGUUAUCGUUACCGCGAUCACCUCCAAUUGAAAAUUUUUUGGAUUCGCCGCCAGACAGCGACGAGAAUAUUCAGAAUAAUAUCGAUUCCGAUGACGACGAAUAA